UUUUUUGAACGACAUUCGACAGAAUGGCGCAUUUCUCAUUCUAGCUAUAGUCAAAAUAUGCUUCAUAUCUAUACACGUUACUUGGUACCUAAACUUUGGGUAUUAGCUUCUAGUUGUCGUUUGCAAUUGGGUUAUUCGUGGAGGAAACCUUUGUCAAGUUGGUAUUCUGGUCGUUUUCUCAACCUAGUUGCAAAGGAAAAGCUUCCAGAUACUUUCCACCUUCCUAUUAUUGCAAAGAGCUAUUGUUCGAGUACUUUAGACAUUAAACAGAAAGAUUCGGAUCAGUAUGCUGUAACUUCGUUGGAAAGUGACAGAGAAAGAUAUUUUGUAAAAAAAGUAAAACCUUUAUCCGACAAGGAACGGGAAAAAAUUCGUUACCUUUUGAGAGAAUAUGUGAUAGAUGAUACAUCUUAUCAAGAAAAGGCUAUUGAGAUUGGUAUCAGUAAAGAGAUUUAUCCUCGUGCACUUCGUUUAUUUAGAAAACACGUGCACGAGGCAACUGGAAGAAAAGAACUGUAUACUCGUGAGGAUGUCGAAUUGUACAACGUUGUAUUGAAGGCACUAUCUCAAGAUGAUGAUAUUAAAGCUCUAGAAGAGUUGUUUCCAAGUUUUAUCGAAUAUACCAAACAAUAUUUUCCUGAAGAAAUUCAAGUCCGUAAUCGAAUGAGAGAAUAUGCUGACUUACGACUACCUCAUUUACUAUUUCCAGAAGCACGAAAGAGAAGGAGAAAGAUUGUCUAUCAUUUUGGCCCAACGAAUAGCGGCAAGACAUAUUUUGCAAUGGAAAGACUGAAAAGUGCGAAGAAUGGAGUCUACGCUGGUCCUUUGAGACUACUUGCUUGGGAAGCCUUUGAAAAAAUGAAUGCUGACGGUGUGUUUACCAACUUAAUGACUGGAGAGGAAAAGAAAAUAAUUCCAUUUGCUUCACAUAUUGCUUGUACAAUCGAGAUGCUCUCAACAGAAGAAGAAUAUGAAGUUGCUGUGUUGGAUGAAAUUCAAAUGAUUGGAGAUGCACAACGUGGUUGGUCUUGGACUAGAGGAUUAUUAGGUGUUCAAGCUUCGGAAGUGCAUGUAUGUGGAGACCCCAGUACAAAAGAGCUAUUAAAACAGUUGGCUCAAAGAUGUGGCGAUGAGUUUGAAGAAAAAGAAUACUUUCGCCAAACUUCUCUUGAAAUAUCUCGAAAGAGUCUAAAUGGAGAUUUGAACAAGUUGCAAGAUGGAGAUACCAUUGUGGUAUUUUCAAGACGCGAUGUUUACGAAACCAAAUAUCGAGUUGAGCAAACCACUGGAAAAAGGUGUUGUGUUAUUUAUGGAAGUCUACCACCAGAAACGCGAAGUUAUCAAGCGAGACUAUUCAACGAUCCUGAGUCGGAAUAUAAAAUAUUAGUAGCUACAGAUGCAAUCGGCAUGGGUCUGAAUCUGAAUAUUAAGAGAAUCAUUUUUGCCAGUUUGGAAAAGUUUCAUGGCUUAUCCUCUUCUGCUCGUAAGGAGCCCUUAUCCUUUGCUCUUAUUCGUCAAAUUGCUGGUCGUGCAGGACGUGCUUUUAGCAUAUAUCCACAUGGUGAAGCUACUUGUUUGUACGAACAUGACAUUCCACGUUUACAAGAAGCCUUUCAAGGUUCCGUUCCUUCCAUAGAUAGCGCUGGAUUGAUGCCUACUUUGGACCAAAUGGAACUAUUCGCUUCUGUAGUGGGUGAUAAUGUAAAGCUCUCGACUUUAUUGGACCUAUUUGCAGAAUAUGCCAAGUUGGAUAAUUUGUUUUCUCUUUGUGAACAAAAAUUUUUGGAAAUGCGUCGAAUUGCACGUUUAUUACAGCAAGCUGGUACUUUAUCUUUGAAAGAACAGUUUGAAUUUUGUCAAGCUCCUGUAAAUAUUUCGGAUCCAUUUCUUAUGAAAUAUUUGUUAAGUUUUGCAAAAAAUGUUGCUACAGGCAGUCGUUCUGAACUCACUGUUCGUCCUUACCAAGGUAAACUACUUACACAGCUUGAUUUACAGAAAUUGGAAAGCAGAUAUCGAAUAUUUGAUUUAUAUAGCUACCUAAGUGAGAAGUUUGGUAGGGAAUUCUUCCCAGAUUAUCAAGUAGCUCUCGCAUACAAGCGUCGUACUAUUCAGUCCUUAGAAACUGCAUUGACGGAAGGAGUUCGAUUUCAGGAUGACUUGAACAAAAAUACAAUGCCUAAGAAUAAUAGUUCAUAUGAAGAACAACGGCAAGAUAAUUGGUUCCGUUUUCCAGUUUCUGAGGAAUUGUCCAAAGCGAAUGAUAUUCCUCUAAAAUAGAAAGCUGUGACAUGAUAGUAGUUUAAUGGAAUGGCGUGACUUGCUGUGGUGUAAUAAUGAAAAGAUAGUUUUGUAGAGAUCUCAACUCAUUUUGGGAUGGGGAAUGAUCGCCUUGAUCAUUUCAUGAUUGUAGAAUACGAUAGAUAAAGCCACUUAAGAUGAGAUUUCAUGGAUAGGAUUUUCAAAGCAAUGUCAUAUCAUCACGUCUUACUAACAUGU